AACUGAAUUCAGACGCCAUUAAAGGUGUUUAAUCCCUGCUGGAAAAAUAAAGAUUUGUGGAUUAUUUUUAGCCUGAAGCUCAAGACAGAAUCUGGUGAGUCCUGAGACUGAAAGACUUUGGGUAGAAAUGGCUGAUAAAGCUGCUCUCUUUGAAUCCUACCUGAACUGUCACCUUUGUUCAGAGACUUUCAAUGAUCCUGUAACUCUGAGCUGCAACCACAACUUCUGUUGGAGCUGUCUACAGAAGUUCUGGGAACAAACUCAGAACAAAAACUGUCCCAUCUGUAAAAGAAAAUCCUCUAAAGAUUUUCCACAUGUGAACUUUGGUCUGCAAGAACUUGCUGACUCGUUUGCUGGAAGACAGAAAUCUGAAUCAUCAGAGACAAAAACAGGAGAACAGAAGUUCAUGGAGGUCUGCAGGAAACAUUCAGGAGAAACAAAACUGUUCUGUAAAGACGAGCGGAGAGCUUUUUGUCCUUUUUGUGAGUUUUUUUUUCAGCACCAGAGUCACAAAGUGGUUCCUGUAGAAGAAGCAGUCAGAGAGCUGAAGGAGGAGCUGAAAUCUGACUUAAAGUCUCUGCAGGACAAGAAGAUGAAAUACAAAGAAGUGGAGGAAACAUACAAUCAGAUGAUUCAACACUCCAAGAAGCAGCUGCUGUCCACAGAGACACAGAUCAGAGCAGAGUUCAACAAGCUCCACCAGUUCCUGAAGGAGGAAGAGGAGUCCAGACUGGCAGCUCUGAGGGAGGAAGAGGAGCAGAAGAGGAAGACUGUGAGCAGAGAGAUGAAGAGGAUCCAGGAGCAGAUGUCCUCUCUGUCAGAAAGUAUCAGUGCUGUUGAAGCAGAGCUGCAGAAAGACAAGGAGGCGUUCCUCAGCAGUUCUAAAGACACUCAGAGCAGAGCCAGAGCCCAGAGCUCGCUGUCAGACCCACAGCUGCUCUCAGGAGCUCUGAUAGAUGUGGCCAAACAUGUGGGCAACCUGUCCUUCAGAGUCUGGGAGAAGAUGAAGGAGAAGGUCCACUUCAGUCCUGUCCUCCUGGACCCAAACACUGCAAAUGGAUGUCUUUAUCUGUCUGAUGAUCUGACCAGUGUGAGAAAUGGAGAAACUUCCUUUCAGCAGCUUCCUGACAAUCCAGAGAGAAACAUUAAAUAUGUUGAUGUUUUUGGUUCUGAGGGUUUCAGAUCAGGGAAACACAGCUGGGAGGUGGAGGUGGGAGAUCAUCCUCACUGGAACAUUGGUGUGGCUAAAGAGUCUGUUAACAGGAAGGGAGAAUGUUCUGCUUCACCAGAAGAUGGAAUCUGGUGUUUAUUACAUGAUAAUGGAGAAUACACUAAUGGUGAUGAUCAGACUGUCACUGUGACCAAGAGUCUCCAGAAGAUCAGAGUCCAGCUGGACUAUGACAGGGGGGAGGUGUCCUUCUACAACCCUGAAGACAUGACUCACAUCUACACUCACAAAGACACUUUCACUGAGAAACUUUUCCCACAUUUCAAUGUUGGAAAAUCUGGAGAUGCGAAAACCUCUAAACUCCGAAUCUGUCCGACUGAUUGAGAUGAUUUGACUCUUUUGUCAUAACAAAAAUAACAGAUAUUUUUCUUUCAUCACAGUGAUCAUCAAACGAGGUUUUAACAGCUUUUUUUUUUUUUUAAGUUUUCUUCUUCUGAAGUCAGAAACAUUUUGCUUCAUCUUAACAUUAAAUCUAGAUUUCUGUUCUUCAUUGUGAUCAACUCAGUUCUCAUCAUUAAUUACUCCAUUAAUUAUUACACCACUGUGUUUCACAUUUAAAAAUGCAAACAUUAACAGACCACCACAACCUUCUUGGUAAAAAAAUCUUUUAAGCUCUGCUCAUUAUUUAAGUACGACUACCACUUUUUUAUGAAAAUAAAUAAAUACUUUUU